AUGGCCGAGGAGCUCCGCCCAUGGGCCAGCGGCUCCAUCUCCGAGGCCGCCUUUGCCCGCGAGAACGAAGCCCUCACCCGUGCCCUCCGGAUGUCCCUCUUCUCCGGCCCCUCCUCCGUCGCCGUCCCAUCGCCGGAUUUCCUCUCCUUCGACACCUCCUCCCCCUUCCUCCUCCCGCUCCCCAUCGACGUCGCCCAGCUGCCCCACCUCCUGGACCCUCCCUUCGCGCAGAUCGGGAAGAAGCGCAAGUCCCGGCCGUGCAAGCGCUCGCCGACCACCUACAUCGCCGCCGACCCGGCCAACUUCCGCCAUCUGGUCCACCAGUUGACCAGCGCCUCGGCCGGUGGCGGUGCGGAGGAGAACCGAGCCGAAGAUCCGCCGCUCCCAGGCGUCCAGGGAAGCUACUUCCUUCCGACGCUGGACACGUCGGCGUGCUUGCUGAACCGGCUCGAGCAGGGCACUGCGAUCGGCCCGGUCGAUCACGGUUGGGUUCUCCCGGACGUCGACGCGGUCGUAAUCUGA